AUGAGCGACGAAAAGACGCCUGAAAGUACAAGGUUGCACGCUUUCAAGUUAGGUAAUUUAAAAAAACAGGCGAAAGUAAAAUGGGGUAAAAAAAAAAAGGAUAAUGAAAAAAAAAAUUCAGCUACAAGUGACAGUUCAAGUGAUACAAAUAAUAAGAAGAGUACAUCUUUUUUUAGUUUUAGAAAAUUUAAGCUUUUCAGUAGAUCCAAAAAGAAGAAUUCUUCAAAAAUGGAAAGAAAUAGUAUAAAGGAAGAAGAAGAAGUUCUUGAAGAAGUUAAAGAAAAAUUCAGAUUUUUAAAAGGAAAGAAAAAAAACAAUUUGGGUCUUUCUUUACCAUCACAUACAUCUUCAAAAGAGGAAAAUUUAACUUCAAAAAAGAUACCAAACAAUGAUUUGAAGGAAAAGGGUCAAUAUGGGAAAAUGGAUACUAUACACAACGCUUCAAAUGGUAAAUUGGUGGAUUCAAAUGACAAAGCAGAUGAUUCGUAUGGUAAAUCAGUUGACUUAAAAAAAACAGAAGAUGAAGGCGUGAGCAAUCUUUACAAAAGUGGUACAAAAUUAAAAAAUGAAAUUAAUGAUACGAAUAAUGACAAUAUGAAUAAUAACAAUGUCCAGUUGCACAGUAAAAAUAGCAUUACUUCGUUAAGUAAGAUUACUGAAAAAGAAGAAAACAAUAAUACAUAUAUUGAGUCUACAAAAGUAAAAAAUUUAAAUGAGAAAAAACAGUCAAAAGUAGAAAAUAUUGUAAAGGCACCCGUAUCACACAAGUCCAGCAAACAUAUGAAUGAUAUUAUUUUAAAUAACAAAGAAGGCCAUAAUAAUGAAUAUAAAAAACAAAACUCAACUGAAACAAAAAAAGACGGUAAUGAAAAUGAUGAUAGUAGUAUAUUGGUUGCUUUUGAUAAUAAUGGAAAAAGCAAAUUUUCGAAAAUUUUUGAAAAAUUUAAUAUGUUAAGUAAAUUAAGUACAGCUAUAAAACCUGAGAAAAAAAAUGAAAAAACAAGUGAGCAAAUGAAAUCAAUUAACUCGAUUAAGAGUAAUAUCAAAAUGAGUAGAAAAAAUAGUAAUUCCGAUGUAGAGCAUAAUUCAAGUAGCCCAAGUGAUAAAUAUAGGGAAUGCAAUUCAAAUAUGGUAAUUGUCACAAGUGAUGAUAUAAAAAUGAGGAAAAACAAUCUUAUUGAAAGGGCAAAUUUAAUUGCAAAAAGACAAAAAGGUACACCAAAUGAGUUGGUAAAUUUAUAUAAUAACUCAGAAAAUAUACACCGUCAGGAUACCAAAGAAACUAUGGAUGCGCAAGUAACAUUCAAUGUUGACCCCCCUCUGCUGUUCUGUGAAAAUGCCUUCGCCAUAUGUCUCCUUUCAAAUAUUGAAGAUUUAAUCGAUAUGAUUCAUUCCGUAUGUAAAAAUAGCAAGGAAGAAACAAUUGCCAAACUAAAAUUGUGCAAAGAGAAUAGUCAGAAGAGCUCCAAUGUGCUACGAUUAACCCUGGACGCUUUAAAUGGAAAUGAGGAUUCCGUUGUUUCCAGAUUAAAUAAAAAUACGUCAUUACAAAAAGAAUACUUAAUGGAAGCGAACGAAAUUGUAAAGGCAGUCAACGAAAAUGUACAGUAA